GGUCUGGCAGUUCUUAUGAUAUUCGUGAGGUCAAAUAUGCCAGAUUUGUGGGAUGCAAAAGUAUCAUUUGUUGCGCUGGGAUUACAGUUCUGAAUUCCCGGCGCAAGAAAGGCCUUCACUCAGACAAACACCGACCCCUGGUGAAACUGAAAAUGCUAGCCAUUUGUUCUGGGAAGCAGAAACCGAUGGACUGAACAAUAGUCCCGAAGGGAAUUUUUUGCAGCUCGCUCGUAACUCCUCCCUCCUGCUCUUGUGUACAUUUACUGUACAAAACCGCCUCGCCUGUAAGUGGAAACAUUUCCAACUCAGGGAGCUGCCUGAAAUAAACAAGGGUCUGCAGUCCAGUAAUGGGGAGCAACGGCAGUUCGAUAACUGCCCAGAGACUGGGCUUGGUUCUGGGUUCUGUCCUCUUGUUGCAAUGUGUCUGCAUGGCUGUGACUCUCCUGUACUUUUCCAGCGAGUUAAAACAGAUACAGGAGACAUUCUCAAAAAGCAACAUGGCCUGCCUGAUGGACGACAUUGUCAAUCUUCACACUGACACCAUGGUGAAUGAAGAAUUCUCUGACUUUCCUCAUAGUGAGAAAACAGGACACAGUGAGGAGCUGUGCCGGCAGUUCCGAGCUCAAAUUCGUCAGUUGAUAGAAAAGAUGGCCUCCAAGCGAUAUGAACAGGACAUGUCUAUCAUUGUAAAAGGUGAAGUGUCUCGUUUGCUUCCAUAUCUGACUCAAUCGCAGUCAGGCACACAGCCAACUGUCCAAAAAAUCGCAGCUCACCUGACUGGAAAUCAUAGGAGCAAGCCAACUUCACCGGGAGAUUCAUUGUCAAGACGACUUCAGGGACAGAAAAUACAGACGUGGGAGCCACAGCGAGGACAGGCAUUUCUGCAUAGUGUGGAAUACAAAGAUGGAGAGCUGAUUAUCCUGCAAACUGGACUGUAUUAUAUCUAUGCACAGACGUAUUUUCGAUAUCGUGAAAUCGCGGGAGAUGGAGACUCCAGUCCCCUUUCUGGGGACACUCAGAUGAUCCAGUAUAUUUACAAAAAUACAGCCUACCCUGACCCCAUCCUCUUAAUGAAAAACACCAGGACGACAUGCUGGGCUAAGAACAGGGAAUUUGAGUUGCAUUCCAUUUACCAGGGCGGCCUGUUUGAACUCAAAUACCUUGACAGAAUAUUUGUGACUGUCAGCAACAUCAGCUGGAUUGACAUGGCUGAUGGAUCCAGCUUCUUUGGAGCAUUCCUCGCCAGUUAGACAUGCGGGGAAGGAGGAACAUAAAAGCCGAAAGUAUUUUGAAUCCCAUUGGAUUCAUUCCUGAUCUCGGUCACGACAGAUCUCGCAGGAGCUUGAGGGAGACUGGAUUGUGGAGUCAGUCCCCAUUCUUCCAUGGGCUCUGGGCUCGUGCCUGACUGUUGCUGCUGGCUGUGGAAGUCCAGUAGUCAGUGGGGUUGAGCAGCCAAGACCCAGAUUUCAAAGGGAACAUUGGGCCCACAACAUUGCAGUACCCUCCCAUUAGCACAGCAUUGGCUAUCUCUUUCAGAACUACAGCAAAGAUGUAGUGACAGGCAAUAGGACUCAUAAGGUUAAGGAUGUCAGCAGACCAGAGGAAGCUGCAUCUAACCUGUGCCCAUCCUUCACCCGGGACUGCUUACUGUUACCACCGAGAUGUCAAUGUGAUCUGUCAACCUGUACCCAAUACACGCAUUUGUCAUUGUGACAAAUGGGUCAUUUCAUGAGCUUGUGAGCCAUAGGUGGGCUCAUGUGCACAUGAAGUGACCCCUGGCCCGCCCUAAAGUGACACCCCCCACCCCCCACCACCUCACUCCUGUGCUUUUUAACAUGAAGGUGAGAGCAGGUUUUGGAAUCCUUACAGCCCAGUUCCCAGAAAGUGAUGGACUCAAAUCAGGAAUGCUGCUCAAAAAUUUAUCUUAAGCAACAGCCUGAGUGGGACUGAGAACACCAGAAGUGAAAGGGACACCAUUAUCACUGGCAUUACUAACUGCUGUUUUCAGACUGCUCAGGAGCAUGACUGAUGUAAGGUGCAGUCCAAGUGUGUAAGGGUUGUGAGACAACAAGGUGUAGAGCUGGAUGAACACAGCAAGCCAAACAGCAUCAGAGGAGCAGAAAGGCUGGCGUUUCGGGCCUAGACCCUUCUUCAGAAAUGGGGGAGGGGAAGGGGGGUUCUGAAAUAAAUAGGGAGAGAGGGGGAGGCGGACAGAAGAUGGACAGAGGAGAAAUAGGCGGAGAGGAGACAGACCAGUCAAAGAUGUAGAGAUGGAGCCAGUAAAGGUGAGUGUAGGUGGGGAGUUAGGGAGGAGAUAGGUCUGUCAAGGAAGAAUGAACAGGUCAAGGGGGCGGGAUGAGGUUAGUAGGUAGGAGAUGGAGGUGCGGCUUGAGGUGGGAGGAGGGGAUAGGUGAGAGGAAGGACAGUUUAGGGAGGCGGGAUGAGCUGGGCUGGUUUUGGGAUGCGGUAGAGGGAGGGGAGAUUUUGAAGCUUGUGAAGUCCACGUUGAUACGUUUGGGCUGUAGGGUUCCCAAGCAGAAUAUGAGUUGCUGUUCCUGCAACCUUCGGGUAGCAUCGUUGUGGCACUGCAGGAGGCCCAGGAUAGACAUGUCAUCUGGGGAAUGGGAGGGGGAGUUGAAAUGGUUUGCGACUGGGAGGUGCAGUUGUUCAGUGCGAACUGAGCGUAGGUGUUCUGCAAAGCAGUCCCCAAGCCUCCGCUUGGUUUCCCCGAUGUAACGGGAACAGCGGAUGCUCUAUACGCGUAUAUUCAGAACCCACUUCCCCCCCUCCCCCAUUCCUGAAGAAGGGUCUAGGCCCAAAACGUCAACCUUCCUGUUCCUCUGAUGCUGGUUGGCCUGCUGUGUUCAUCCAGCUCUACACUUUGUUAUCUCAGAUUCUCCAGCAUCUGCAGUUCCUACUAUCUGUGUAAGGGUUGUGUUAUUAAAAGUGUGUGAGGAGCCUUUUGGAUUCAGUGCGCACUUUCAACUAAUGAGCAAGCACGGGGAGUGAGAAAAUGAACAGUGUGCAAUUUUCCAGUUUUUAGAUAAAAAGAAACGUCCGAAAUGAAAUAUUUUAUGUAUGUACAGGAAACUUUAUUUUUUUACAUUCUCAACUGUCUCUUUCAAUGAUUGUCGAGUAUUUCUGGUGCCAUUAGAACAAGCAAUGCAAGGAAUUCAGGCAAAGAAACAAAAUUCAUGAGAGAAAGUCACUAAACAUCCCAUCCAUUUAGUCUCACUGUUUAUAAUUCAGAGAGUUCUGCUGAAGUGUGUAACCCUCCCUCCCCCUUGAUAGAUUCCCCCAGUGACAUCUGGAGAUUCAAUCGGGAGCAGGGAAGGCAAAUUCCAGUUUUCUUCCAGGGCCGUAAACAAUUCAAACAAAAUUAGAGCACCAAAACAAAAGUGACAACUCCAAAGCAAUUGAAGAUAUUUACAUCAAAAUAUUGCAACAAGGCAUUUCGAUGAAUCUGAAUGUAAGAGUGUGAGGGAUUUUGAAAACUGCCCAUUUGCUGGAGGGAUUCAGAUUGGCUUUAUCUACAUCCUUUAUGGGACUCAGUGCCUAGGAAGGAACAAUUGAUUGGAUUUGGCUGUUACAGUGUUGAGGAACAGAGUCCAUCUGAGCGUCACUCGGAGUGUCAAGCUCAGGAACUCCUCAUGCUGCUGUUUCCUCCUGCCCCACUCCUCACUUUGUAUUUCCGCAUUUAGCCCUUGCCUUGUGUCUGCACUUCACUACCUCCUGCACCAACCCUGCGAACCAACACUCAGAGCCCCUUAUACUGGGAUCAAACACACUCGCAACCAGAUCUUGUUAGGAUUUCAUGGGAAGUGUUACAUAGAUGGUGCUGCUUGAAUACUGUCAUACAGAUGUUGGCAUAAUCUCUUCUGUAAAUUUUGAUGAUAUAUGUGUCACGUGUGAAUGUUUCAAAUGCAAAUAUGAUUAAAGUUUUGUUUUAACCAUC